AUGAGUAAUUGGAAUUUUUAUCCCUGUGACAAAGCAGACCACGAUAAUUAUCGUCUAGAUAGGGCUUGCAUAGAUCCAAAAUGUAAUAAACAUCAGCUUGUAUGCACCAUUUGCUCAGAGAAUGAGCAUUAAUUUUGUAACCCUCCAUCUAUAAAGUCCUUUUUGAUGUAGUUUAAAUAAUAACUUCAUUCUGGUAGUAUAGAUUAAGAUAAUUAAAUUGAGGAAUUGAUUUCAGUUUAUGAAAAAAUUGAGAAUCAAAUGGAAUUAACCCUUUAAAAUAUUUAGUUAAUUGUUGAUGAAUAAAAGAAAAUUAUCAAGAAUGUAAAAGAUAAUAUUAAAGAUCAUUCUCAAUAAUAGAACAAGUAAAAACAGUAGAAAGAAAAACUAGUUAAAUUCGAAUAAAACAUGAACUAAGAGAAUUAUGCAGAAUUAAUCGAAGAAAUAGAGGAUUUUAGAAAAAAUGCUAAUAAAUUUUAAUUCUCAAUCAAAAAGGCAUAAGGAUCAGAAAUCACAAAGAUUGAAGAAAGAAUCUAAAAUGGGAACAAAUAUGCCUAAUAAUAUAUAAAUUCAACAUGUUCUAUUAUCUAAUAAUUCAAAAAGCUGAAUGAAGACUUUUAGGUUAAUUUACAGAAUUACUUUUAUAUUACUCCGAAUAAACCUAAUGAUCAAGAACAACUUACUUUAGACAGAGCCUUUUCAUUCUCUCGUUUCAAAACACCCCCAAGAGCCUAAGAUAUACCACAAAAUACAAGUGAUACCAAAAAUACUAAUAGGAAUAUCCAAAAUUAGUCAGGUACUAAGUCGCCUGAUCCUACUUUCAAUCUUUCAUCUUCCAAAUAAGUAUAAAGUUCUUAGAUACCUAAACCUUAAUAGCAAGAGACUAAUUCAGCAAAUAAAAUACCUUCAUUUUUUUCAACUAUUCCACUAUCUCCUAAUCAAAGGUCUAUUCAACGAUCAUAUUCGCCAUUACAAUCAGCUGAAAACAGAAAUUAAGUAGAAUAAUAAACAGCACUUGAAAUUACUCAGGAAAGUAAAACUUUAUUUGAAACGUCUGAACAAGAGAUCACUAAAUUAUUGUUUUUAAGUAACCAAUUGAUAGCAGCAUGUUGUGGAACGAAAUGUAUUAUAUCUGAAUUUAAAACACUUCAACAGACUUAUACAAUAAAUCUUCGAGAAUAGAUAACUGAUGCUGCAUAUAUGGAAUUCAAUCAUUAAAAUGGAAUUCUCGUUUUGGCAACUAAAAAAGGAAAUAUUGAAUUACGUAGAAGAACAUAAGAUCCUUCAUAGCCCUUUAUACCAAUCAAUGAUUCGUCACAAAUUAACUAUUAAUCUGACAAAAGCAUACUUGUUUCAAUUAAUUAAUUGAAAAAGCAAAUAGUAACUUUGGAAGAUAAAAAUAUUAUAAAAAUCUUCCAAGUCGAUCCUUUUAAAUAAAUAGAUUCAUUUCAACUUACUUAACCUGGAACUGUACUUCAUGUGAAUUCUGAUUUUAUUUAUGUUGGUUGCAAGUCACGUUUAAUAAUUUGUGACAUGAAUCAUUAAUACGAUAAAUAUUUAGAUAUCCCAGAUAUUAAUAGUACCAUUAUCAGUAUCAACACAUAGGAAAAUAAUUUACUGGUAGGAUUGUAGGAUAGGAUUAAUGUAUUUCAAAGAAGAAAAAAUGGUGAUUACUUUAGGAUUCAUGAAUACGUGACAGGAGAAAUCAGAUACAUGAAUUCAUUAACAAAGUUGCCUAUUGUUAUUGUUUUACGUCCUUAACAAAUACAAAAAAAAUAGGUGUUUAUAUAUGACUAUAAAUUGGAGAAGUUUAUAGAUUUGGAAACUCAGAUGGUCAAGGUUUGUGCAGUAAGAGAAGAUGAUGGCAUCAGCUUGAUAGGAUUAACCUAAGGAUCUGGACAGUGUGUCAUUUAUAAAGUAGUGUAAACUUCAUAGCCACAACAAACAUAAUGA